AUGGCGAGUUCUCAGCGAUCUCAAUGUCCAGCUUUCAUUAAGCAUUGGCUGGAGUCCCAGAACCCCGUGGUUCUUCCCCCAUUGCUGUCUCAAGGGAGAUCUGUUGCUUGGGCUGUGUGUUUCUGCAACAAGGAUCCGGCCCAGCAGUCGCUUCCUGUGGUCCGAACGAAGGGCUGGGUGUGCUUUUUCCGCCCCCAUGCCAGGCGACUCUUUGAGCAGUGCUCCCGGGCACCGCCGAAGAAGGCUGUGGACGCUGAUCACUUGGCAGCCUUUGCAGCCUUUGACGAUCUCCUCAAACCCCCCGAGGAGGUAGAGCCAGCGGUGCGGCCACCUGAAGGAGCGCAAGGUUCCUGGCCGCCGCCAGGAGGGCCAGGAGGAGGCUUUGCAGGAGACCUUCUUGGUGACGGUCCAUCAACUUCUGUGGCCAGGAUUCCCGCUCAAGCACAGUCGGAGACAGCCGAGGCUCCAGCACAAUCCAACGGUCAGAUCGGUUCUGGUCCGGCCAUGUUCUUCAUAGGAGACGACCCACAAGAAGAAACACCAGACUUCGCGGCUGUGGCUGCUGCUGGUGGUGGUGGGGCAGCGCACCAAGAGUAG